GAACCGGUCGGUAUCCUUUCCGGUCGGGAACCUUAGCACUGCUGAUCCACUCCUAGCGCUUUUCGGCUUUUCCUCUCUCAUACACAGGAUUCGCAACGCAACCCAAUUCAUUGUUGGAUUUGCGAAAACCCCCGAAAUCCCAAUCCUAACUCGAUCCAAAUCCUAAUACUCCGGUUCUUUGCAAUUUCCUUUGAUGCAUUGGAUUAGAUCUGGUGGCUAUUUAUACCCACAGCUAGCCUAGCAAUGAAGAAGAGGGAAUAGGAAAAGCAGCAAUGGCGAUGGAGAAGAAGAAUAAGAGAAAAAUAAGGGCACCCGACGGCAACUGCAACAGCAGCGGUGACGGUGAAGGUGGAGUAUUUUCAGCAGCACCGGUGCUCCCCCACGAUUUGGUGGCUGCGGAAGUGCUGACAAGGCUUCCGGCCAAGUCUCUGAUGCGUUUCAAGUGCGUCUCCAAGCUCUGGCUCUCCACCAUCCUCGACCCUGGCUUUUGCGGGUCCCACAGAGAUCGUUCCGGCCCCUUCGGCCGCACCGGCCUAUUGAUCGUGUCUCCCGACGAAGAACAACACAAAGGGUUAGGGUUCUUCCUCGCAACCCCUUCCCGCCGCUUUGUACUACCACUAACUCUUGACGAACCCCUCAGUCCUGACCACUUCAGGGAUGUAUUUGAUUUGCUCCACCACCAAUUAACGCUCUCCACCCGGGAGUACGACGGAAUUACGGAGGUCGACGACGAGGGCGGCAACCUCGUUUGUCUCUACACAGCUAAUCGAGCGUGGUUAUGCAGCGUCUCCACCGGUGAAAUUAUAGAGCUCCCCCCUCCCCCUCCCCCCCCCUCCCCUGAAAAUGGUGCAGCAAUUUGCUAUAAGUAUUACCUCGGUUAUGAUUGUAAUAUAAAGAGAUUCAAGGUGCUUAGAGUAUGCUCGAUUCAAAGUGCCUUCUUUUUAAGGGCACAGUACGAGAUUCUUACCCUGGGUGGUGAGGAGUACGAGGCCUCGUGGAGGAAACUCAACCGGGGUCCACCCGUGCAAAUAAUAGGAGGGAACAACGACAACUCUGUCUACAUCAACGGAGCUCGCCAUUGGUGGCAUUACAGCGGAUGCUUGUUGGUUCGUUUCUGUUUUGAAGAUGAGGAAUUCCUACGGAUUGGUCUGCCACCAGGGUUUCCGAAACUAGGGGGUUCAUUACAUGAAUUUAGAGGCUUUGUGGCUCUGGUCACCGGGGUAAUGGAUCGGAAAUUGCACAUGUGGUUACUUUGUCGUAACUGUGACAAUGAAGAAGUAUGGUCUGAGCGCACCCUCCACAUCCCAUAUGCUUUUGCAGACCGUGGAUGUUGCUUGCUCGGGAACCUCCAUACAGGUUUGAUGUUAAUGACUGGUCCUACUAUAGAACAAGAAGACGAACAACAACAACACCGACAACUGGAGGAAGAAGAGGUGUACAACAGGAUCGAUCCAAGGGGGGAGUAAGGGGACGAUAGCGCCUCCAAAGUGUAACAAAACCCUCAUAUUUUAUGCCCUACUUGUUAGAUAAAUCACGGAAUUGGAGUUUGCACAGGUCUGUCCCUGCAUAUUUGGAUGUCUCUGUACAUAUCUUUAAUUGUUUCUCUUUUUCCAAUUAACACCCCUCAAUUCUUUUCC